CUCUUCUGAAGAUACAAAAAAUUUCCAUCAAAGUCUUCGUCUCUUCCAUAAACUGUGUCUUUUUCCUCUCCUCGUUACACAACAAAUAUAUAUACAACAGGCGAGGAGAAAGCACAGAGAAGAUAUAGAAAGCACGAACAGAUAUAUAGCAACGAGCCGAGGGUAUCCCGGAAACGAUCUCUCUAGUCUCUACCCCCUCCAGGGUAGGGGUAAGGCUUCUCUGAACUCUGAAGAAUGGAGUUUGAUACUUUUCCCAUUAAUCAAUGCUCCAAAAAGCACGAGAAGAUAUAUCAAGAAUGGUUCAAUUUUGCUGAUUCGGAUGGAGAUGGACGUCUCACUGGAAAGGAUGCUACCAAUUUCCUUGCAAUGUCAAACUUGUCUCGUGAUCAUCUCAAGCAGGUGUGGGCAAUUGCAGAUUCCAAGCGGCAAGGAUUUCUCAGUUUUAAAGAGUUUAUUACUGCAAUGCAGUUGGUCUCUUUGGCUCAAGCUGGCCAUGCAGUGACAAGUGAUUCCUUAAAUGCCGAAGUUGACUUUGAAACUUUGCAGCUACCUACAAUGGAAGGUCUGGAUGGACUUCUCGCUAAGAAGAAGCGUGUGGCUAAAUGGGCACCUGACCGCAAUGGAAGUCUUAUGUUAUCUUCAGGAGCUAAUUGGUUUUCGUCAUCAAAAUCUGCAAAGAAGGUUUCUUCAAACUAUGUCACAUCAAUAAUUGAUGGACUGAAGAAGUUAUACGUCAAGAAACUAAAGCCUUUGGAAGUUACAUAUCACUUCAGUGAUUUCGUCUCUCCUUUAUUGGCAAAUAGUGAUUUUGAUGCCAAACCAAUGGUGAUGCUUUUGGGUCAAUAUUCCACCGGCAAAACAACCUUCAUUAAGCAUUUACUCAGAACCAGUUAUCCAGGUGCUCAUAUUGGACCAGAGCCUACAACAGAUAGAUUUGUCGUCGUCAUGAACGGACCUGACGAAAGAAGUGUCCCGGGGAAUACAAUUGCUGUUCAAGCAGAUAUGCCAUUUAGUGGUUUGACAACUUUUGGAACAUCAUUUUUGUCAAAGUUUGAGUGUUCUCAAAUGCCGCAUCCUCUGUUAGAAGAUAUCACAAUUGUGGAUACUCCGGGAGUUUUAUCAGGCGAAAAGCAACGAACGCAAAGGAUCUAUGACUUUACGGGGGUGACAUCCUGGUUUGCUGCUAAGUGUGAUCUCAUUCUGCUAUUGUUUGAUCCCCACAAACUUGAUAUUAGCGAUGAGUUCAAACGUGUGAUUGCAUCUCUUCAAGGUCAUGAUGAUAAGAUACGAGUUGUUUUGAACAAGGCUGACCAAGUUGAUACUCAACAACUAAUGAGGGUUUAUGGAGCAUUAAUGUGGUCUUUAGGGAAAGUUCUGAAUACCCCUGAAGUUACGCGUGUCUACAUAGGAUCAUUUAAUGACAGA